AUGUCUGGUGUUGCAAGUUCUUCAAGCAUUCCUGUUACAACUACAAAAAAUAAAGAAGUCUUGGAUAUUGAGCGUAGUGAUAUCAAGAUAAUUGAAGAUAACAGAGUCGCUGGUCUUGCCUUUCUUGACUUGACCGAACAAAAGCUUGUCAAUCCUCCUUACAAUCUUCUUGGCGGACCGGCUGGAGCAAUAGCGAAUUUAGUUAAGAGAAUUAAUGACACAGGGCAAGGUAUUUGA